AUGGCGACAAAGCGCUACAAGAGGAGGAAGGACGACGAUGCUAUUCAUCGGGCUGGAAUGUUUCUGAAACUGAGCAAGCAAGGAAACGCAAUGACGGUCAAUCAAGCUAUGGAAUUUGCUGGGUUCGACGAAAGUGAAAUGGACGAUGAGGCUCUCAAGCGCAGCAUCUAUCGGGCUAGAGACUCAAUCCAACAGCAGGCAGAAGGUAGCAAGACAACAGCUUCAAACAACUCAACAGCUGUGACUCAGCCACAACCACAGGCAGCUUUCCUACCCGUACCAUCCAUUCACGCUGGUCCUCCAACCAAACCGAAGGGGAAAAUGCGAUUGACAAUCAAGCAAGCCCACGGUGGCAGAAAGAGGCAAGCCGAGCUGAAGGAAGUACGGGACAAUCUCUUCAAACAAGCAUGCAACGAGUUCAAGGCCGAGUGCGACAGGAAGGCAGCUGCGAAAGAGAACGGUGAGAAACUUGAUGAUUUCAAAUCUGCCGAAGUUAUUUGUGGAGAUAUCAAUCAGAAGUACGGACAGCAAUUAGAUGGUGCUCGAAUUGUGGCAAGAACUGUAAGGGAAUACGUCAGAGAUGGCAGAAUGGGACAGCCCAUCAAUCGCCGUGGCAACAAAGGUCGAAUUCCUCCGGAUGUCUAUGGUUAA